UAUCUAAAGUAGUUUUCAGAACAAAAUGGCGUGUAUCCAUUUUGACUGGAUUUAUUGAAUUAUAAUAUCUCUGAUAGAAACGAUUAUAAUAUCAUUAAUAGUUAUUUAAAUAAAGCAUAGAAGUAGUCUUCAUAUUUUGAAACCUUAACUUUCCUUACUUUUGUUUAAUUUUCUUAGUGGAACUGCAAAAGUGAACCCUGUAUGUGAAAUCGUACACAGUGAUUCCAUGUGUUGUCAUGUUGCUUAUAUUAUUUGAAAAAGUGAAAUGUCUGUGCAUUACAAGUUCAAAAGUGCGUUAGAUUACGACACAGUUACUUUCGAUGGGUUGCAUAUAUCAGUAGGAGACUUGAAGUCUGCCAUAUCUCAACAGAAACGGAUCGGGAAGACGUCAGAUUUUGAUCUCCAAAUUACUAAUGCUCAAACAAAAGAAGUUUAUGUGGAUGACAACACCCUAAUACCAAAAAAUACAUCACUUCUCGUUGCUAGAGUGCCACUCUCGCAACAGCCCAAAAAACAGUGGGAAGGAUCGAACAGUAACCAAUCACUACACAAAGAUGUCGCUCCUAACAAAGGAUUGGCUGAUCUGUCUCGCAUGGAAGGUAGCGAACAGGAUAAAAUAAAUGCUAUGAUUUCACAAUCCACUUUUGACUACGACCCUAGCAAUUAUCAAAAAAUUAGAGGACAAAAUCAGAGAGGUGUAGUUCCUAAUAAUUACAUCUGUUACAAGUGUCAAAAACGUGGACAUUGGAUUAAAGAUUGCCCGUCUGCAAACUCGGGGGAUCCAAUAGAGAUAAGGCGGAGCACAGGAAUCCCUAGAAGUUUUAUGGUACCUGUUGAAGGUCCAAAAGCUCCUGGCGCGAUGAUGACCCCAAGCGGAACGUAUGCUGUCCCAGCCGUUGAUCGUGAAGCAUAUUUGGCUUCCGAGAGUGCUGGAGGAGCAGACACUCCAACGAAUGCACCGGCCGCACCUGAGCCUAACAUACCCGACGAAUUGAUAUGCAGUCUGUGUCGGGAUCUACUCACGGACGCCGUCAUGAUACCAUGCUGUGGCAAUUCUUUCUGCGAUGAAUGUAUACGAGGAGCACUCUUGGAAUCAGAAGAUCAUGAGUGUCCAGAUUGUCGUGAAAAAGAAAUUGCUCCAACGACGUUAAUUCCUAAUAGGUUUUUACGGAACUCAGUGUCGUCAUUCCGUAAUCAAACGGGCUAUAGCAGACGGAUGCCACAUCGACCUGCUGCAGCUCCCGUUCAGCACCACCCGCCAGUUCUAGAACCUCCUCCAAAUCCACAAGUUUUGCUUCCGCCGAGUGGUCCGUUGCAGCCCGGCUCUAGUGGAGAAGGUCGGGUCGGGGCGAGUGGGACGAGCGGCGCCGGCGCGGGCGAGGAGUCGGACGGCUCGGCCGACGACAACAUCACGCUGACGUUGCCGGCGGCGCACCGCGCGCCCGCGCCGCCGCCCGUGCGCGCCGACCAUCACCGACACGCGCGAUACGGGCCACCACAGGGCUUAAAGCCUCCUGGUAUUGAAACUCCACCAAAUGCUGCAAUGAUUAUGCCGAGACUAGAGGAGCAGAGAGCUAGUACACCAACAAUUGAUGAACGAAGGGACCCCAUGUCUUCGCAGGUAGUGUACAAUCGUGGUCCUCCACCGUUCAUACCGGGUGUUCCACCACCGUCACGUCGUUAUAACUCACCAUUCAGCAGAAAUGUCAGACCCGGAGGCGCGCGGCCCUACAAUGACCGCUACCCACCAGAGCCUUACCAACCUCCUCCGCCUGGCAUCAAGGAUUCGCCUACUAAUGGGCACGAAGAUCCCCUCGAGGCUUUCAACCGAAUGAUUCGCGAAAAGGAGAUGAGGGCGAAGCGGCGCGAGCAGGAGCGCCGACGAGCGCAGUCGGGUUCCCGCAGCCCGCGCUCGCGCACUCCCCGCUCGCCGCGCUCGCAGCGCUCGCCACGCUCCCCGCGCUCGCCGCGGCCGCCGCGCCUGUCCCGCUCGCCGCGGCUGCCGCGCUCGCCCCGCUCGCAGCGCUCGCCGCGCUCGCCACGUUCUCCGCGCUCGCCGCGCCUCCGACCUCGCAGUCGGGGCUCCAGCCGACUCCGAUACUCUAGAUCACGUUCCAUAUCACGCGGCAGGUUGCGACGGUCACCCUGGUCGCCGCGUCGUCGCCGCACUCGCGAAAGGACAUUAUCGCUUACAAGAUCGCCGUCACCGCGGCGCCGGCACCGCUCCCCGCUGCGGUACCGCACGCCGCUGCGUUCGCCGCUACGCUCUCCGCUACGUACCCCGCUACGCUCGCCGCUGCGUUCGCCGCUGCGCUCGCCCUUGCGGUCGCCGGUGCGGUCUCCGUUGCGCUCACCUCCACGGUCUCCGCCGCGAUCACCGCCGCGGUCGCCGCUGCGUCCGCCAAUGCGUUCACCGCCGCCGCCAAGGAAUAUUUCUCCACACCGAUACGCCGGAGUUUACGACGAACUGUUGUCCCCGCCCCGACGUACAGUCGAGCCGCCCUACGGAGCCAGAUAUGGACCUAGAAGCGGUGCACCUCCACCUGGGUACCCACCGAUGGGUUUGAAACAGAUGCCUUUGGGUAAUAUGCCCGUCCAACCUGAACAGCCACCGGGUUAUAGAGGCCGUUACGAUGCCCCUGGUUUUGAUGAAAUUCCACCUGGUGUGGAGCCACCUGUUCCUGGAUUUGAGCCAUCUCCUUUUGAAAAGCCUGCUUUUGGUCCAUCCGGUCCAAUUGAUCGGGAUCGCUUGCCACCUCCAAAUUACAGAGAUCCAUAUAGACCGCCACCAUAUGGUGAGGGUCCUAAUAGCUACAGGGAUCUGCCAAUACAGCCUCCUGGCCAAAACGAGAUUCCUGUUCAUGUAGGAGAGCAACCACCACGCUAUAGAGAUAAUUAUAGACCAACUCAUUAUCGAGACCAAGGACCAAUGACGUUCAGGGAAGGGCAACCAUAUCGAGAGCCUGGGCCACCUGGCCCGUAUCGAGACCCUAACUUUAGAGGUGGUCCACCGCCUUUCCGUGAUAACACCUACAGGAAUGUUCCUUACAGGGAUGGUGGGUUCCGUGAAAACAUACCACAUAACAGUUUUCGCGAUCCAGGUAUUCCCUUUAGACCACCUAGUGCAGAUCCUCGAGAGACCGUACCACCUAAUUAUCAUGAUCCAAACUACAGAGAAAAUUAUAGAGACGAGAGCGCUCCACCUCGGGAUCAUUCUCGGCCUGGAUAUAGAGGUAACGUUCGUAAUAGAGGUGGUCAAAGGCGCAAUGCUAAUGUUGAACACGAUAGGCACAGAGAUAGAGAAGGCAGAGAAGGUCGAGAAAGGGAAAGAUAUAAUGAUAAUCGGGAGCCGGUAGACAAAGCAGAAAGAUCUUCUGAUAGACGAACGGGAUACGAAAAAACUCGUGAAAAUCGCGAUGAUCGUCCGCCGAGAGAUUAUGAUAGAACUCGUGAUUAUGAAAAGGAACGUGAGCAUGAUAAAACUACGCCGGAUAAAAAAGUCCGAUCCUCGCCGAAACGCAGUCGGGAAACUCGUGAGAAAAAACGAAGUGAGUCUAGAGGAAGAUCUCGUGACCGCGAAAGUAGAAGGGAAAAGAAAGAAUCUUCUGCUGACCGAAGUAAAGACCAUAAAGAAAAAAAGAAACUCAAAGAGCGAAAAAGAAAACGAGAAAGAAAAGAUGAAAAAAGAAACGUGAGAAAGAUAAGAAAGACAAAGAAAAAGGAAGAUGACGAUCCUGAAAAGGAAGAAGUUGAUAAAGAAAAAGGCACAGAUCUUAAAGAAGAUACUGAGAAACAACCUGUUAAACAGAGUGCAAAUAUAAACCCUGAAGUUGUAAUAAAAAAAGAAAAGUCGCCUAAGGCAGAAUCAUCAGAAAAACCUGCAGAUGACUUGUAUGGAGAAGAAACAUCUGGAGCGGUUAAUAAAGAAAUCAUAGAAGCUUAUGUUAAAUCUGAGGAAAAAGACGUGACCGCAGAUCCCAGCUGCACUGAGAAUAUGAAUAGUUCCAAAGAAGAACCGUUUGACGGGAUUGAACUUCAAGCUAAUGCCGACGAAUUAGAUUUAAAAACCGAGAUCGAAGUCAGCAAUCCAACUAGUAAAGAAAUGUUAGCUACUUUGCCUGAAUUGUCAAAGUGGGAAGUAGAUGAUGAAAAUGUCGAGAAAAGUAAGGAACCAGGGGAAAUAACUUCCCCGGAAGAAGAGGACGGUAGUAAAGUUACGUCAGACGUUAUUAAACGAGCGGAAAACGCCAUAUUUGCAAAAGCAAUAAAUUCAUUGAGGCCUAUAGAGAUAAAGAAAAUCAGCAGUGACCGUCUUAAACUUUACGGCGAUGAAGUGCCUAAGCCUUCGAUGAACAACAUUCAGAUCACAGUUCCAGUAACAGAUUCCGAACCGAGAUCAAUUGAAAUUAACGAACGUAAAAAGAGGUAUUCGAAAACUCCACCUCCUCGAUUGUCUGUAAAAGAUCGCCUUGGCGGAAAAGUAGAAGAAGCUCGCAGGGCUAGAGAGCCCAGAGUUGUUCAGAGUACUGUAGAACGAGUAAAGUCUCGAUCAAAAACUCCUAAGCGUGAACAACCUUACAGACGUGUGACCGUAGAAAGAGAGAGAAGUCGGAAACAGGAUACGACGAGACCUGAACCUAAUAAGGCAGAAAGGCGAGUUAUGUCGGAAGCUGUAAAAACGGGCGAGAAGCAUCGAGCACGAAGUCCUAAUGAAAAGAAAUACUCCGAGAAACAUAAUAAAGAAGACAAAAAGUCGACUAAUGUUGAAAACAAUACGUCCCGUGAAAGAGUUUCAGAGAAAAAUCCACCAGGUGAUAGUAAGAAUACACAUCCAGAUCGUGAGAGAAAGAAGUCAACAUUAGAUGAAGCUCAUUUUGAGCCAGACUAUGAUGAAGCUGUUGAAUCCGAUCAUGAGAACAAAGAAGAAAACAUAAAGAAACGAGAACGUUCAUUAUCACCUAGCGGGUUAAAUGAAACUAAAAAACCUAAGCUUGACAGCGAUAGCAUAAAACUGGAUCUGACUAAUGUAAAAAAGAAACCUGAUUCUGAGAGUGAAUCCACUAGUGACUCUGAAUAUUCGUCAUCGUCAUCAUCAUCUGAUGCACGUAAACGUAAGAAGAAAAAGAAACGCAGCAAGAAAAAGAAAAAGCGAGCUGCAAGUGAUAGCGAUAGUGAGUCUGAAUCUAGCUCAGACGAUCAUAAGAAAAAGAAAAAGAAACGUAAGCAUAAGAAAAAAUCUAGUAAGAAGAAGAAGAAAUCCAAACAUAAGUAAAGUUUUUAUUCUUUACUGGUAGAUGUGUAAUGCCGUUUAUGUUUAUUAUUUACUUACGUAAUAUGUAUAUGUAAACAAAUUUCUGGUGUUUUGUCAGUUUGAAUGCAUAAGCUCAAGCUCAUAAGAAAUGUCUGCUAUUUUUAAAGAAUUUGUGUAGUAGAUUAAAAUUUUAACAAUAAAUGCUAUUAUAAUACCUAAAAA